CCGGAAGCGAAACCAAAUCACCCGGGUUGAGAACCUCUUGGUCUGUUUAUAUUUUGUUGAGAAGUUUUGAUUUUAUGUUGUUUAACUGCCCCAGACACAGUCCAGUGGCCUCAAAUUGAAAACCGCAAGACGGUUAGGUUCUUAUUAAACGACUCACAAAGCGACAAAACUGGCCCCUCCACUGCCUGUCACCAUGCCCGCCCUGCUGGAGAGACCAAAGCUGUCCAAUGCGAUGGCCAGAGCCCUCCACAAACACAUCAUGAGGGAGAGGGAGCGCAAGAGACAAGAGGAGGAGGAGGUGGACAAAAUGAUGGAGCAGAAGAUGAAGGAGGAGGAAGAGAGGAAGCGGACAAAAGAAAUAGAGGAGAGGAUGUCCUUGGAGGAAACCAAAGAACAGGUAAUGAAGAUGGGUGAGAAACUUCAGGGACUCCAAGAAGAGAAACACCAGCUCUUCUUACAGCUCAAGAAAGUUCUUCAUGAAGAGGAAAAGAGACGCAGAAAGGAGCAGAGUGAUAUCACAACACUGACAUCGGCCAGCUACCAACCCAGUUUGCCCAUGCACGCAGGGCAGCACCUCCUCAGCAUUCAAGGCAGUCCAGUCAGCCACAGUCGACCUGGUGCGCUGCUUGGUGAACGGAGCAAACAGCUGUUCCCAGCUUCUGUGAUUCCAACACGUCACUAUCAGACGCCUGGCUUCAGCUCGGGCUCAGCAGAACACGGGCAGUUCAGUGGGGGUCAAGGGGUCCAUGAGCCCUAUGGGGUGGCACAGGCCCAGCAUCCCUCCACCUACGCCCCUGGACCAUCUGUACCUGUCAGUUUUGCAAGCAGCUCCCAGAUCAGAGGUGCGUCUGCGUUUCAGGCCAUGCAGUAUCUCCCCCACCAGCAGCCCGGCUACCCCGUCCACAGUCACUUCACCUCUCAGCCUGGAUACAUCCCUGGAGCAGGAAUACCCCUUCAGAAGCAGCUGGAACAUGCCAACCAACAGUCAGGCUUUACUGACGCUGGUGCUUUGAGGCCUAUGCAUCCACCAGCCAUGCAUCCUUCUGCUCCCGGACUGCUGCCCACACCCUCAAUGGCGGUCCAGAUUCCCACUGCAAAGGCCCCGUUCCAGAGCUCUCCCCAGGGUGCUCCUCGCCACAGCUUCCUCCCCCACAGCCAGAGCGGGCAGAGGUUCUACCACCAUGGCAAGUAACUCAGUCACGUUCACCUUCACUGUCGCCAAGGUUUCCCAGCUUCCCUGUAGACUCUGGAGAACCUGUUUGAUGAGUAAUGGAUCGGCCUCGUCAACAGAUGUCAUUGGGUCGGAUUAUGCCUUAUGAUUUGAUGGGGGUUUUUUUUGUUUUUUUUCUCCUGUACAGUAUUUGGUUUUUAAGUUGUGUUUUGAUUUUGUUCAUGAGUGAUCUGCAGUCCUCAUGUUUCUGUGCUUCUGUUGACAUCCAGUUUUUUUGUAUAACUUCAAAUGAUGUUAAGUUGUAAAAUAGCUUAAUAUUUUACUUAUACUGUAAAGCCAUUCUGGAGGUGCUUUAGUGCACUAAAAUGUUAAUAUCUUGUAUAAAGCCAGACUGCAUGAACCAGAGCUUAUUCUUUGUAUACUAACAUCUCAUCAUGACAACAUCAGUGGAGGGUUGAGUGUCACUGCAAAGACUUUGCUCACUAAAAAUAGCAAAAACCAGAAUAGAGGAAAAAAAAAUUCAGCAACACUUGAACUGUGGUUGAAUUUAGAGUUUGUGGAUUAAAUCAACCUGUUUCUGCUAAGGUCACAAAAACACUGAUGAACACUACUGUAACAGAAACACAUUGGUUUAACCGAAACUCUAUUUCAGUGUGUUGCUCAUUUCUGGUUGAUCACAUUAGACCCAUUAGGGUUGGUUACCAAAAAUUAAAUCAAGAUGGAGGAUUAUCAGUGUUCUGCGUUGUCCUCUCAAGCAUAAAUCAGGUUUAAAUCGGUUCUGUUUUCAAACUUUUAUGUUGCAAAAUAAAACGAUAAGCAAACGCCA